UCUCUCUAGGGUUUAAGCAGCGCUGCGGGAGUGUUGUGUGUUUCAGUGAAUGUCGAACCCUAAAUCCGUCGAUCCGUCCCUCUGGUGGGAUUCGUUUGGAUCUCUUCUAAGCGAGCUCGAGAAUGCAUCUCUCUCCGAUGAACUCCCUCCCCCCAUCGAGAAGAAGUUGGAGGAAAACCACGCGUGGUUCGUUAACACUCUGUCGAUGUUCAAACCGCCGAGUGCGAAAUCGAAAGAGGCUUUGGAUUCGGAUGUAGUGAAGAUUAAGGAGCACCGGUUGGUGAUUAAGCCUGAACUCAAAGAGAAAGCGCUUCGAAUCAGCUCUCAUCUGAAUCUAGAUGAAAUCCAAUCAUACAUACUCGUGGAAAGAUCUACGGAGCAGGAACAUGGAAAAACCGACGCUCAAGAUUUCGUUGUCAUGAUAUUGCUUCAGUAUUACAUGGAACGCCAGUGCCUACUCAAGUGUACUAAGCGUAUUCUCACCCAUGCCUUAUACACAGCAAGAGAGAAAAGUGCUAUUAGGGACGAAUGUGUAAAGCUUAUCUCGGAUGGUCUUGAAAGACAACUAUCAUCAGUUCUUGAGAAUCUUUUCUCCUCUUCUUUUCCACAGAAAAUGGAUGUCAAUCUAUUUAAUUUGUGGGCGGAGGAGAUACUAAUUGAGGACAGUUUGGUGUUGGAUAUUCUUUUCCUUCUUUAUCAUGAAUCAUUUCACACUUGUAAUGGAGAAAGAUGGAGGACACUGUGUUCCUUGUACAAGGGAAUUAUUUUGGGCUCCUACAGCUUUAGGAAGCUGGCAGUGUCAGCUGAAGCACAGCAUUCUGCAUGCCGUGUAAAAAUUCAGUUGUUGAUGAUUCUUAUCGACACGCUGGAUAUGGAGAAUUUGUUACAAAUGGUUCAUGACGGAGUACCUUUCAGGUCUGGCGCUUGUGCUUUUUCCAUUAUUGAUGUGCAAGAGAUGGAUGCAACAAUCUCUAGCCUCAACACUCUCGAAGUAAAAGAAGCAGGACCUCUAGUCCUUGCAUGGGCAGUAUUUCUGUGUCUUAUUUCAUCACUUCCUGGGAAGGAGGAAAGUCCUUUCCUGAUGGAGAUAGAUCACGUGAGCUAUGUUCAUCAAGCUUUUGAGGCAGCAUCAUUGAGCUAUUUCCUUGAUGUUCUUAAAAGUGAUGUGUUGAAUGAUUUCGAUGGACCAAUCUCUGGUUUUCGUAGUGUCUUGAGGACUUUUAUUUCAGCAUUUAUUGCGUCAUAUGAAAUCAAUAUUCAGCUAGAAGAUGCCAAUCUGGAUCUGAUACUGGACAUCCUUUGCAAGGUUUAUCAAGGAGAGGAGUCCCUCUGUAGUCAGUUUUGGGAUCGAAAAAGUUAUGUUGAUGGCCCUAUUCGGUGUAUUCUCUUUGAUUUGGAGAGUGAAUUUCCGUUCAGAAGUGUUGAAUUCAUUCGUCUCUUAGCGUCCUUGAGUGAAGGAAGUUGGCCUGCUGAAUGUGUAUACAACUUUCUGGAUAGAUCAGUCGGGAUAUCAACCUUAUUUGAUAUUACUAGUGACUCUCUAGUAGAUGAUGCUUCCCAGCUAGUUGAAACUUCCCAGCCGUUGCAAAUUCCAGGUCUUGAAGGUUUAGUUAUUCCCAGCAAUACUCGUGGGCGAAUUCUGAGAGUAAUCAAUGAAAACAUUGGCCUUGUGCGGUGGGAGUAUUCACUCUCUGGCGCUACAGUGUUGAUCAUCCAUUUGGCCAAUGUACUCUACACUGGUAACAAUCGUGAAGCGUUUGUGAUUCUAGAGCUGCUUCGUCGAUUGGUAACAUUUAACAAGGCCGUUUGUUUCUCCUUACUGAAUAUCAGUCACUUCUUUCAUAAUGAAUCUUACAUGAAUGAGAAGCUGGAAAGUGAUGUGAGAGUGGUUGAUAUACUUUGCAAUUCAGUCAGAAGCUUGAAUUUUGACUCUACCGGUGCAGCUAUGAUGGCAAUGGCUAUUGAUAUCUUAGCUAAGCUGUUACGAUGUUCCCCAUCAAAUGUUGCUCCCAUGGUUUUAAAGGCAAAUAUAUUUGACAUGACUUCAGGGUCAGGCGUCUCAGAUAGUGGAUACAGUAUUUCUUUGAGUGGAUCCUGGUCGCUCUCCGGGAAACUGGCAAAAAUGAUCUUGAUUGAUUUGGAGAAGAAUGAUACAAGCUGCCCAUUGAUUGUAUCAGUUCUGGAAUUCACCAUGCAGCUUGUGGAAGGAGGAGUGGAGAAUGAUGUAGUACUUGCUCUAAUUGUUUUCUCGUUGCAGUAUGUUCUUGUUAGUCAUGAGUCUUGGAAAUACAAUCAUGGGCAUAUGCGUUGGGAUGUGACGCUAAAGGUCAUUGAAGUGAUGAAAACGUGUCUCAGAUUCAGUAAAUUCUCCACCAAGCUGAAAGAUGUUAUCCUUGAUAUCUUGCUGAACGAUGCCUCUGUUCACAAUGCUCUCUUCCGAAUCAUUUGUACAACUACACAAACUUUAGAGAACUUUUGUGCAAGCCGUUUUAUUGAACCAGCAGAGAUUGAAGGAUGGCAACUUUCCAUAGUCUCUGUUUUGGAUGUUUUAGACAUCACGCUCUCCCAAUUUUCUCAGAGUACAGAUUCUGGUCUUCCCGUGUUACAUCAAACUAUCCUGUCGUCUACAGCUAAACCAGUCCCAGUUGUGGCAGCUAUCACAUCGCUGAUAUCUUACUUUCGGAAUCCUAUUAUCCAGGUUGGUGCUGCUAAAGUACUUUCAAAGUUAUUUGCCAUGGCAGAAUCAUCACAACUCUAUAUAAUAAGCAAAGCAGGCUUUGGACUAGACGAUAAACAGAUCACAGAUUUAAGAACAUCGGUUAGCCAGAUCAUACUUGAUCUAUCGGAACCAAAUGAAGACCUAGUCAUUGCCACGAUGAAACUACUAACUGUUGCGGCAAGAUAUCAGCCUGCUCUUUUAGUUGCCCUAUUUGAUUCAAGCGAAGACUCAGAUGCUGGUAAGUUAAAACAGCCAGACAAAGAGGAUUCCUCAGGUCCUGGAUUGGCUUGUAAAUCUCGAUUACUGCACACUAUCCUGCAGCAUGUUGAGAGAGCAACUGAUUUUAUCAAUAGAUACACGGAUAUAUUACUGAGUUUACUUGGUUUUCUUAAAACCCUGUGGCAAGAGGCUGGCCAAUACGCGAAUUUGUUGGAACCAUUUAAGGCGUCAAAAAGGUUGUGGCAGGAAUUUUCCAACAUCACAACCCAGGUGUCGAAGCUAAAGGAUUCGUCAGUUGAAAGAUUAGGGAAAGAAGAAAUCUCUAAGUUGUAUGUGAAAUGUCAGUGUCAGUCUUCUGUUUUGGAAAUUCUGGCGUGCAACAUGUUUUUGAACAAGAAAUUGUUGUUUGCCGAGUCACUUAAAAAAUCAUGCUUAGAGCAGAAAGAGAAGACAAAUAACGCUGCCUCACCAUCCAAAUUAUCUCUGACAGCUGCUUCAGAUCCCAAGGAUAUCUUUUCAAAAUGGUGUGAUGUAUCUGUUUUAGAUGGCCUUAUCCAGUCAGUUUCAUCUUUAGAUGGUGAAAUUGAAAUAAACGUACAGUCAAAGGUUGCCGGCGUUUUACUUAUUGUGCAUUUGAUUGUGAAACUGGAAACAUCUGGCGCAGGAGCAUUGUCUAUGUCGUUAGUUGGGAAGAUCAAAGUCAUUUCAGAAAUGCUUCGUGUCCAACCUGCUUUUUCUGAGUUGUUGGCACAAUAUUCAAAGCUUGGUUAUAGUGGAGGGAAAGAGCUGAUGCCGAUGAUUCUCAGCGACCUAUACUGUCAUCUGCAAGGGAAACUUGAGGGUCGUGAUAUCCCAAUUGGUCCAUUCAAAGAGCUUUUCCAGUUUCUAGUUGUGUCGGGAUUUUGGGAGAAAUACAAACAGAGAACUGAUAUGGACAAAAAUAUGGAUUUGGGGGACAAUAUUUUGUUUGACAUUCAGCACAUACGAACAGAAUUAGGUAUUGCUAUUUGGGAUUUUUCUGAGUGGAAGACAUCUAAAGCAACGACGGAGGAAAUGCUGAGUUACAUGCAGAGAGCAAACUCGAUGGUUUUAAUCUCAACUUCGCAGGUCUCUGCUUUGCAUGCAUUGAUAUCCGUCUUGAUUCUUUACGAGGAUAAUUCUCUUGAAGACAGUGUAGCUGUAGAAAGGAAAGUCCCUGCUCGAGUCACUCUUUCAAGCAUUGAUGAAGUGUGCAAACAAUUCUCCACCAGGGUUGAUUCACUUGCCUCUCUCUGGGAUGCCCCCAAGAUUGUGUUCGAUAUACUCACAGCACAGGUAGACUUGCUGUCCCGGCUUUUGAAAUCCACAAAGAAAAAGCUGCCAUUAUCUGUUUGUGCACUUGUCCUGAGAAAUGUUGGGCCUGCCCUCAAAAUCCUCGGUAGUUUGAGGCAUUCAAGUGCUAUAUUAAAGAAGACGGUAAACCUCCUACUAGAGGUGCUGCUACUGGUUGUGGGUUUUGGUUCAGGCAGCUCAAACUCAAGUGAGAUAGGAGAUAUGGCAGCAAGAGAUCUUGCAGAUAUAUCUGAUGCGACAAUUGGAUUAUUACCCCUUCUCUGCAACUUGAUGGGGAAUCCCGAGUACUUGACUCUCUGCCUGACCACGGUAGACUUGACUCUCAGAAAUUUUUUGACGCCAGAGACAUGGUUCCCAAUUAUACAGAGUCAUCUCCGCUUGCAGCAUGUUAUACUGCAGCUUCAGGAUAAGAAAUCCUCGGCAUCCGUUUCAGCAAUAAUGAAGUUUUUCUUAACUAUUGCUCAAGUUCAUGACGGUGCUCAGAUGCUUCUAAAUUCCGGAUUUUUCUCGACUCUAAGAGCUUUGUUCAUUGACUUGCCAGAUGGAAUGUCUACAUUAGUAUCUGACAACGAGAAGGGAGGGUUGCUUGAUAAGACAGAAAAAACGCAGCAAAUCUGGGGAAUCGGUUUGGCUGUGGUUACGGCGAUGGUUAAUUCUCUAGGAUCAGUUUCUGUGGGUGCGGAUAUAGUUGAGAGCGUAAUAUCUUACUUUUUCUCCGAGAAAGGUUACAUGAUCUCUUAUUAUCUGUCUGCGCCGGAUUUCCCUUCUGAUGGUCGUGAAAAAGUGAGACAAAGAACUCAACGGACAUGGACAUCCCUUGCUUAUCUGAGAGAAACCGAGCAUACUCUCCUUAUGAUGUGUGCAUUAGCAAGCCACUGGAGAUCAUGGGUUAAAAUAAUGAAGGAAAUGGAUUCUCCGUUAAGAGAAAUGACUAUACAUCUCUUGGCUUUUAUCAGCAAAGGCGGUCAACGCCUCAGAGAGUCUCAUAUCAAAACAUCUCACCUGUUAUGCCCUCCAGCAGUGAAAGAAGAGUUCGAUUCCUGCAAAAGACCAUCCGUAAUUAACAGUAAACACGGAUGGUUUGCUCUAGCACCGUUAGUUUGUGUCGGGAAACCCAAGCUUGGCGCAUUAUCAAUCUCGACUGCUCUAGUUGUUAGGGGACAAACGACAGAACCGGGAUCUGUUCCUCAGUCACACUUUACAGACUCGGUUGCGGUACAGAUUUAUAGAGUGGCUUUUCUCUUGUUAAAUUUUCUAUGUUUACAAGCAGAAGGUGUUGUUAAACGGGCAGAGGAAGUAGGAUAUGUAGAUCUUGCUCAUUUCCCUGAGCUUCCAGAGCCGGAGAUUUUGCACGGUCUACAGGACCAAGCCAUAGCGAUUGUCGCUGAGCUCUGUGAUAAUUACAAAGAGGUUCCUGAUGAAGUCAAGUCGCUGUGCCUCUUGUUGCUCCAAAUAACAGAAAAGUCGUUAUAUUUGGAACUCUGUGUAGUUCAGGUUUGCAGGAUCCAUCAAGUCUUUGGCCGUGUGGAUAACUUCUCAAAAGAAUUCAAAAAGCUAGUGAAAGCUGCAGAAGUGCAUGCGUACUUGGAAACUUCUAUGGAUUCACUGAAGAAAAUAGCUGUGUUUCUGUAUCCCGGAUUGCUAUAGGUACGAGAGAACUUUUUUUAACAUGGAGACUUGUUUGUUCUUUAGGGACUGAGUGUGUGACCAAUGGUAUUAUUGGGGCAUUGACCAUAUGUAAGUCAAGAUAAUAGAUGCUUUUGCAUGUAUAAACUUUUAUGUUGGGCUCAUGCUGACCACUCCUUUUGGACUGUUCGUCACGUAACGCCGUUGCUUUCAUAUGUUAUUCGCC